GUUAGAACCUGUCAAACACAGUUCCUGUCGUUUUACAUUUCCAAGAUGGCUGCUUGAACGCUUCACUGUUACUUUGUAUGAAAAGGCUGUCCCGUGGCCCUUUAAACAAACUAUUGUAUGCUGGGAUAUAAUCACAUUAGCCCUGCGUCGCUUGGCUUUUAAGGACUGAAAACCAGCCCAUUUUAGUAAGAUUAUUUGUCACAAUGUCUGGGUUCCUUGACAGUAUGAGGUGCUCGGAAUGCAUUGAUUGGGGGGAGAAGAGGAAUACGGUCGCUUCAGUUGCAGCUGGUGUUUUAUUUUUUACAGGAUGGUGGAUCAUCAUUGAUGCUGCUGUAAAAUAUCCAUUAACAGAUGACCUGAACCACUCAUACCAUGCUUGUGGUGUCAUAGCCACUGUUGCCUUUCUAAUGAUAAAUGCUGUUUCCAAUGGACAGGUUCGUGGUGACAGCUAUAGCGAAGGAUGUAUGGGCCAAACUGGUGCACGCAUUUGGCUCUUCAUUGGUUUCAUGUUAUCCUUUGGUUCUCUUAUUGCAUCUAUGUGGAUUCUUUUUGGCGGAUAUGUAGCAAAAGGCAGUACAACAGUAUAUCCUGGAAUUGCCAUCUUUUUUCAGAAUGCAUUUAUAUUUUUUGGGGGUCUUGUUUUCAAAUUUGGACGGACUGAAGAUUUAUGGCAGUAAAUUUGUUACAAUGAAGAUUUUCUUGCAUUAUCUUUAAUGCACAUUCCUAGCUAUAUUGUAUUUACCGUUUAAAGAUGCAAGUCUUUUUCUAUCAGAACUUUAUGUAUUACAGCAAUUUUAAUACAAGCUUUUGCACUUUUUAUUUUUCAAACAUGUUUUGUUUUUUUAAUGUGUGGAUUUUUUUCAAAAGUAACAUUAAAUAAAAAUAGUUAUAAACAGCA